AUGAGUGAUCAGAGAGUGAUUUAUUCAACCCUGAGAUUUCUGCAGCCUCCUUCAGAGUCACAGAGUAGACUAAGGCCAGGGGUCACUCAGAGACCUGGGAAAACGGAGGACAAAGGCUUUUCACUGAUAACAAUUUUCUCCCUUUCAGUGUCCUGGCGUCUCAUUGCAGUGACUCUUGGGAUCCUCUGUUUACUUUUGUUGAUGACAGUUGCAGUGCUAGUGACAAAGAUUUUUCAGGGCAUUCCAGAGAAACUUCAUCAGCAGGAAAUUCUAAGAAACCUUAGUCAAAAGUACCACAUUAUGCAAAAUGACAAAUACUUAAAGGAGCAGCUUUUGACAAAUAAGACUUUAGAAUAUGAGAUUUUAAAAAAUAAAAGUCUUCAGCAGAACAAGAAACUGGCCUCAUUUUUAAUAAAAAACAACAGAUGUUUUAACAAAAAAGAGGUCUCUUCAAAAUCUUUGCAAAAUACAGCCAUAUGCUGUUAUGGAUUGAACUGUUAUUAUUUUACCAUGGAAAAUAAAGACUGGAACGGAUGUAAACAGACUUGCCAAAGUCACGGAUCAUUCCUUUUGAAGAUAAAUGAUGAACUUGAACUGGCCUUCAUUCAAUCCCAGACUCACAAAAAUUAUUACUGGAUUGGAUUAUCGUAUGAUCACAGAGAAAGGAAAUGGAAAUGGAUUGAUAAUGGCUUGUCUUAUUCUGGAAUUAAUUCUUGGAUAAUGAGUUUACCUUCCGGUGAGGGACAAUGUACAUUUUUAUCUUCCACAAGAAUGGCAACUGCUGAUUGCAUUAAAACUUACCCUUGCAUCUGUGAAAAGAGAAUUGACUUUGGCUCUAUUUUCUCUGCUUCAACGUGUACUAAGAAGAAAAGCUAA